GAGGCAGCCCACCCUGCAUUGGAUGACAUUUAUUCAUUUUAUGCAUCCUGGGCUCUGCUGGCUGUCCUGCCUCAGUUCCUGUGGCAGAGACGCUGGAGUCUGAGCCACUAAUUAUCACCAGUGAGGUUUCCUCCCCAAACAGGAAGUAUCAACCAGAACUGCUCUCUCCCAGCGCGCUCUGUAACCAAGCAUCAGUCACCACUCCCGGGCCAGUCCCUGUGGCCAGGAGCUGGUGUGUAGGCUGAGGGGGGCAGCAGCACAGCUGUCCAAGCCCGGCAGGUCCCUCGCCUGUGAGGGUCAGCCUGAGCCCUGACUUCCAAGACAGAGUCAGGCUGCCCGUACACCGGAGGGGGACCAAGCAAGAAGCUGUGGCCUGGAUCCCCGUGGGGCCAUCAAGGGACUCAUGUGUCAGACACUGGCAUCGGCCAAAUGUCGCAUCAGCCCGUUGUUGCCACCAAGAUGUCAGGAGAGAUGGACAAGCCGCUGAUCAGCCGCCACCUGCUGGACAGUGAUGGGAGCCUUGCUGAGGUCCCCAGUGAGGCCCCCAAGGUGGGGAUCCUGGGCAGCGGAGACUUCGCCCGCUCCCUGGCCGCACGCCUGGUGAGCUCCGGCUUCAGCGUGGUGGUGGGAAGCCGCAACCCCAAACGCACGGCCGGGCUUUUCCCCUCGGCCGCACAAGUGACUUUUCAGGCGGAUGCAGUGGAGUCCCCUGAUGUCAUCUUUGUGGCCAUGUUCCGGGAGCACUACUCCUCACUGUGCGGUCUCAGUGACCAGCUGGCUGGCAAGAUCCUCGUGGAUGUGAGCAACCCCACAGAGCAGGAGCACCUUCGGCACCAUGAGUCCAAUGCUGAGUACCUGGCUUCCCUCUUCCCCACCUGCACGGUGGUCAAGGCCUUCAACGUCAUCUCUGCCUGGACCCUGCAGUCCGGCCCGAGGGAUGGGAACAGGCAGGUGCCCAUGUGCAGCGACCAGCCGGAAGCCAAGCGUACUGUCUCGGAGGUGGUACGGGCCAUGGGCUUCAUGCCCGUGGACAUGGGGUCCCUGGCCUCGGCCCGGGAGGUGGAGGCCAUGCCCCUGCGCCUCCUCCCAGGCUGGAAGGUGCCCGCCCUCCUGGCCCUGGGCCUCUUCACCUUCUUCUACGUCUACAACUUCAUCCGCGACGUCCUGCAGCCCUACGUGCGGGACGGCAAGAGCAAGUUCUACAAGCUCCCCGUGUCCGUGGUCAACACGACGCUGCCGUGCGUGGCCUACGUGCUGCUGUCGCUGGUGUACCUGCCCGGCGUGCUGGCGGCCGCCCUGCAGCUGCGCCGGGGCACCAAGUACCGCCGCUUCCCCGACUGGCUGGACCACUGGCUGCAGCACCGCAAGCAGCUGGGCCUCCUCAGCUUCCUCUGCGCCGCCCUGCACGCUCUCUACAGCUUCUGCCUGCCCCUGGGCCGCGUUAACCGCUACGAGGUGGUCAACCUCGCCAUCAAACAGGUCUUGGCCAACAAGAGCCACCUGUGGAUUGAGGAGGAAGUCUGGAGGAUGGAGAUAUACCUCUCCCUGGGAGUGCUGGCCCUCGGCACACUGUCCCUGCUGGCCGUCACCUCACUGCCAUCCAUUGCAAACUCGCUUAACUGGAGGGAGUUCAGCUUCGUUCAGUCCACCCUGGGCUUCGUGGCCCUCGUGCUGAGCACCCUCCACACGCUCACCUAUGGCUGGACCCGUGCCUUCGAAGACAGCCAUUACAAGUUCUACCUGCCUCCCACCUUCACGCUCACGCUGCUGGUGCCCUGUGUCGUUAUCCUGGCCAAAGCUCUGUUCCUGCUGCCCUGCUUCAGCCGCAGACUCUCCAGAAUCCGGAGGGGCUGGGAGAAGGACGGUGCUGCCAAGUUUCUGCUGCCGAUGGACCACGCCCUGGCCCAGAAGACGAGCCACGUGUGAGGUGCCCGCCUCUGGCCCCAGAAACCAGACACAGGCAGGACAGAGCCCUGGGCCUGUCGGGGCUGCUUUUCUCGAUCGAGCAGGACGGUGAAAUUGUGCACACAUUGGUGGUGUGAGGUCUGAAUUCCUGGGACACCAAUGUAGGUGGCAACAUUCAGAAUGGCACACACGUGUGUGUGUGUGAUAUAUAUGUUCAUGUAUAUUUCAUAUAUAUAUACAUAUAUAUAUAUAUAUAACAGGAUUUGCAUUUAUAUUUAAAGAGUUGAGCCCCUGAGAUUUCAACUUGUAGAUUUAAAAGCAAGAGCCAGAUGUUAGAACAGCAGCUCACACUGUUGUGAUCUCUGCAGAAACAAACACACACUCUUUGCACAGAAAAGGCAGUAAGAGGCUCAUACCUUGGUGGAUUCCAUCCAUUUGUGUCCCACUCCCUUUUUGCUGCUUUCCCAAGGCUUUUGUCGAGUUGGAGCCCAAAGGGGGCAGAUAAGAGCUCUGCCUGGAGCCUCAUGGGAUCACAGGGUGGAAGGGUCGCUAGCGAGCAGGGGGUGGGCUCCUCCCUCAUUCACCUUCAGCGGCAGCAGGAGGUCAGGCGGUUGCUAGGACCCUGGGGGGUGAGCCUGGUGUCUGUGCCCUGGGAGCAAAUUAAAGAUGAGUCCUUUGCAGGGUAGGGGGUGCAGGGGGUCAGGGCCGAAGCUGUCCCCUCUAAUCCUCCUUGAGCUGGGGAGAUUUUUUUUUUUUUCCUGAAAGUCAGAAGUCACCACAGCGGCUACACAUUGAUCCUCCUGCAGGAGUGUGAAGUCACCUCCGCGUAGGAGCCACUAAUGAACCGUCUUGAGAACAAGGGUAAUUUUUUUUCCCUCCUUUAAGUUGGUGAUGACUGUUCUUCAAACCACUGUGCCUUCUCACCUUUCAGAUCAUUAGUUUGGAUAUCUCUUAGGAAGGCCCAGAGCAGGCUCCCUGGAAAUCAGUUCGAGGGGGAGGGGGAAACGUAGCAGACAGCCCUCAGCAUCACAGCUGAGGCUUUUCUCAGACCCGCCCAGGGCACCGAAGGACUGAUUGUCCCCGCUGAACUGGUCCUGUGGAAAAACCUUGGGACCUCAUCAGAUGCCCUCUGCUGCUGCCAGGCAGAGAACCUGCCAGAAAACCUCACUGGCUCCAAGUUCCACACUGCUCCAGGGAAAACAGGGAGCACGUGGGCAAUGGUGACCCCAAGGAUCACCAACCCCAGUCAGUUACACUCAGAAUGGUUGGGAGGGUCUUUUCUACCAAAGCUGCAAACUCGUCAGACUGCUGCCCCAAAGCACAAGAGGCUGGACCCCAACCAGGGCCGCAGGACACGUGUCCUCGAAGCCCAACCCUUGCUGGUUCCUACUGAAACUGCUGUGAUUUCCCCUGUGGAUAAAUAGCUGUUCUUGGCUGAGCCCCCCGACCCCAGAACCAGGAU